UCUCGCGGAGCGCCGCUUCCGAUUGGGCAAAAAGAGCCUCAGAAAAGGCAGCCAAUUGGCGACUGCUUCUGCUAGAGCUGAGCCAAUCAGAGGACGCACUUCCCCUAGUCCCGGCCGGCACGAAGUCAGGGUCUGCUAGGCGUGAGGGCCGCUGCCACGUCUGCGGCGGUUCGGGCCGGGCGGCUGCCGCGCAGCCAGCAGCUGACGGGCCAUGGUGGCCCCGCGGCGCUGAGGUGGGCGCUGGGUCCGGCGGCGGGGCGGGAUGGCGGCGUUGCGGGCCGCCUUGCUGGGCGCCCUGCUGGGCUGCGCGGCCGCGGCACUCAUCCCCGCGGCCGACGUGAAGGUGGAGGUGCUGCAGAAACCGUUCCUGUGCCACCGGCGGACCAAGUGGGGGGACAUGAUGCUGGUGCACUAUGAGGGCUUCCUGCAGAGCGACGGCUCCAUGUUCCACUCCACUCACAAACAUAACAAUGGCCAACCUAUGUGGUUUACACUUGGCAUAAGAGAAGCCAUCAAAGGCUGGGACAAAGGUUUGAAGGACAUGUGUGUGGGAGAGAAGCGGAAGCUAACUAUUCCACCAGCCCUUGCUUAUGGAAAAGAAGGGAAAGGAAAAAUUCCACCUGAGAGCACGCUGAUAUUCAAUAUUGACCUUUUAGAAAUUAGGAAUGGACCCAGGUCUCAUGAGUCAUUCCAAGAGAUGGAUCUUAAUGAUGACUGGAAGCUGUCCAAGCAAGAGGUGAAAAUUUACCUGAAGAAAGAAUUUGAGAAGCAUGGAGCAGUGGUAAAUGACACCCAGCAUGAUGCUUUGGUUGAAGACAUAUUUGAUAAAGAAGAUGAAGACAGUGAUGGGUUUAUAUCUGCAAGGGAAUUCACAUACAAGCAUGAUGAGCUGUAGAAAAGGGUGACAUAAUUUUUUUUGACACAAAUGGCAAUGACUUAGACUGUCUGGUUCUCUUGUCGUCUUGAUUCUGUGCUUUGGAGUUGACAGCUGCCAUUGGCGGACAAGAAACGACAAAAAAAAAACAAACCCACACUUUUUUUAUAUAAAAGAGAAUUUCUGUUCUUUAUGAAAAAAAUUAAACUAUUUGUAGUUUUGAAAUUGUACUUACUGCUGUGCAACAAAUACUUGCACAUUUUGUGUUUUUUAAUUGUGUAUUAACUUAUUUUUUCAGAAAUGAAACAAGAUUUCCAGUUAUCAAACCUCUUGAAAAUCAGUAUCCAGUACAGUGCCUUUCUGUGCUUUAUUUCUUGAGAUCCCAUUCAAUGACUUUUACAUACGACUUCUAGUCUGACUUAACUAUUUGACCUUCUUUCUUGUGUGUUGCUGCUUGGAAAGCAGUGUGCUUGCCUUGCUUGCUGCAGAUUUUGAACAGCUAUACUAGAAAGCAUCAACACCUUGUAGCACAGCUGGGAAACUGAUACAAAGAUGAAUAAGAAUGGCUGUCCUGUGCUGAUUCUGCUGUUCUUAAGGGAGAAUACCAAAAUAACUGUCUGCACCACUAAAGAAAAAAACAAAGUAGGAGUUAAAUGUCAGACUUUCUCAUUUUCAUAUUAGCAACAUUCUAGGAAAUAAUGUGCUAUUUUCCAAAUAGCAGUUCUGUUGCUCUGCAGAGGUCCUUCACUUCCUUACAUGUGUUGUUUUUGAAACUGAGAUUUUGCAUUUGCAAAGAGAUUACACCUUCUUCACCUCAGGUUUUGAGGGACAGGUAAAGAAAAAAUUUAGCAAAUAAAGUUGUUCUUUUCCAUUUUCAAAAAGGAAGGAGCAUGCUAGCAUGAAUGUCAGUAUGUCCUGAAGAACAUUUUGUUGCUUGCCAGCUUUGCUACUGCCUGAAUUGUAGAACUUGUCUUAUUUUUGUACCUUUGCUGUAUUUUCACAGGUAGCACAAAAGUUACCUGAGUCUUAAGUAAUAAAGUGACUUUUUAGAAAAAUAGAGACAUGAGGUAAAUGUUAUGCUGCUGCAUCUUUACGGGGUAGAGUUGAUGAGGAUUUCAACUCUGUCUUGUUUGAACCCCCUUUGGAGAGGAAGAAGCUUAGCCAUCAUCCCUGGCCCUGAAUGAGUGGAUGAGGUAUCUCUUGGAAGGAGUUAGCCUUUAUUCUGGCAACUCUAAAAUGGGUUUUUUGAACACAAUACUUGAAUUCAAAAAUAUUGCCUAAGACUAUGUAGGGACAUGAGGUAAACCAAGUUGUAUAAAAUCAAUAUUGCUGCACUGUGCCAAGUGGGGGUUCUGCAUUCAAGGUUAUCUAUUAACUUGAUGAAAAUUGUUUUCUCUGCAAUCUAGUGUUGCAUAUAAGUAUUAGAACAUGGCUUUAUUAGAGUUAAGCUGCUUAUGGACAUUAAGGAUUUCUGUACGGUGAUUCUGUUAAGUGAAGAUAUGCAGGGGUGGAGUUCUUGUGUUCCAGCAUCUUGUAUUUUAUUACCUGUGGCCUACAUGAUGUGGAGUUGUGGUCACGUAUUUUUGUUUAAAGAAUUUUUUCCCCUCCAUCAUGCCUGUCUAGUUUUCAUGAAUCUAUUUAUUCUUUGGUUCUAUGGCAAUCACAGUAAAGUGGUGUAAGAUGCUACUUCCAUUUGUUUUUAUGCUUGUUGCCUGUCCUGGUUCUUGUGAGGAAAUAAUGAAUGAGUCCUAAUUUGUCAUCUUACCAGUCAUGAGUUUAUGUAUAACUAUUUUUUUUCCAGAAAAUUCGUCUUGCCUGACAUUGUUUGUGUGCUGAGCACCUUGAUUUCUCCUACAGUCACCAGAGCGCUAGGCGCUUGGAAUUAAUUCAUCACAUUUAUAUGGUUUACGUUCUAUCAGCGUAGAUGCCUUAUCAAUUAGAGAUGCCUGUCUUUCUAUAUUAACUACAUGGGGAAUCUAGACAAUUCCUGCAUCCAAGGCCAGGGACAUCUAGUGGGUUACAAAGAUGACCCUUAAGGCAAUACUCCCUAAGAUUCAGGAACUGGUUGGUACCAACCAACCAAAUGGAAAAUACUGUGUAUGCUGCUGGGAAGAGUAAAAUUGAGACUUGGAUUGAGUAUGUGAGGCUUUUAGAUCGUCUGCAGAGUUUAGCAUGCUCACUGAACGUCUGGCUGAGAGAUUAAAGCAUAAAAGCAUGAAAUAAAACUUGACCCUGAUUACUGGCCAAAUACUUAAAAUUUGAGUUUUUUUUUUUUAAUGGAUGCCAGUCUACCUCUUCAGUGAAGACCAGAUGUUUUGCUUGUGUUCGGUAGGAGUUAGGAGUCAGUGAAUACUGUGAAAUAUACAUUAUCUUCUAUUUGGGUUUUGAAGUUAUUUUUAUGAAAUACUUUUUAAGUAAACGUGUAAUAUAGGCAAUUAAUGCCAGCAGUGUAUUAAAGCUGCAAGACCAAGAUGACUUAUUUGGUGUGCUAUAUAUAGACUUAUGUGCAGUGAAUGGGUUUUAAUGCUUUUCUUGAUGGCAUGUUACAUUUCUGCAAUGAAACUUAAAAAUGUUUCAAAAGUGCAGAGUCAGCAGCAGAUCUCAGGAGCCGCUGCAACUUCAUUACCAUUUGCUAUCAUUCAAGUCCUUCUGUGAAAAUGAAAAGGUUUCUUAGGAAAUGACUCUGCCUGUCUUACCCUCAGCUGCGUCUGGUUGUUAAUCCCUGGGGUGUGCUGCUGCAGUGUCAGCUAGAGCCAGCUAGCUACCUACAGGAGAGCAGAGAUGAGCAGCUGCUCCUCCUCUGAGGGGAGAAGGAAUAUUGGAACUUCAGUGGCACUCAGCAGCUGGCUUCCGUGUGAAAUGCAAGCUCUAUUUCCAUGAAGAAACAAACCUUUGCUUCUUGUCUGUAAGAUGCAGCACUUGAAUAAGUGGAGAUGGCUCAGCAGUGUUGUGAGCGUAUACUGAGUUGUUCAUCCUGCAGCUUGUAGCCAUCUUCCCACAUUUCUUGUUUUGUGGUUACAGAGGAAAACACUUUUAAUACAGCAGUCUGUCAUUCAGAGCUAUGACCUAUCAAUUACAAUUGGAGUUGCUUUUUUUGUGUACUUCAGAGCUCAUUUUACUUAAAAAUCCAUGAUAAGCAAUGCAGUGACACAAGAAGGCUUUUGGCAAAGCUUCAGGAGUGGUGUUUACAGUCUUAAGUGUUUUCUGAAGCUUUGUUUUCUGGGAUCAACUGACAAAGCAAACAGUUUUGAAGCUAAAGGAAAUUGCUUUAUUGGAUCUCAAAUCUUUGCUUUUUUAAUAUCUUAUGUCUUUGUGCUGUCAACAGCAUUUCUGGUAUUGAGGUGUUUUUGUUUAUGAUGGGGUCAUAAGACUGCAGUGUGAAGUACGUAUUGAACUGCUAUCAUAAUUUAUUGUUCACAAUAUUUAGAACUAAAGUGAUCCAUGGCAUGUUUGAGUAAUUCUGCGUAAAAAUAGGUGGUACAGGUCAGCUGUUAAAGUACAAGUGUCAUAUGUGCUUUCCAGACCACAUAGUCUCUGCUGCUGGAUAUGGGAGAGUCCACCCCUUGGUCCAGAAAUCUCAGAUUGAAGUGGCAGGUGAGUAUCAGCAGGGUGGAGAAAGCUCAAUGCUUUGGGACGUUUCUGGGAAAAGGAGUGAAGCUAGAGCAAGUGUGGUAAGACAGUGGAAGUAUGCAGAGCAAUUUUAGAAAUGCUGAAGGCUUUGUUUCCUCAAUCCUUUGGCAUCUGAUUCCUUGGCAGAAAACUCUGGCAGCCACUGCUGCAGGUAUUGCAAAUUGUAAGGAGUUUUUUUGAUCUGUCUUGGGUUAGAAAUCACUGCUUCAGCCAAUUUCUUUGUGGGUUCUAACAACAGUUUAAUUCACACUUUCAAGGUUCAUUAAAGAAUAUUCAGAAUAGUUAUUCUGGGUUUAAUGUUAUCUUAGAAGUACCUCAGCCUCACUGUAAAGCUUUUGGAGGAAAAAAAAAAAACAACCAUGAAAUAAACCCAAAACAGAGCCUACUUAUUUUCAUAUAAUCCUGGAUAAUUCUAGCUUUUCCUGAAAGCCAAUCAUAAUGCUUACAUUCUAUGCCCUACUUUUCUUCUGGUGUGCAGGAAAAACAACUGUGACAUAAUGAUCUUUCUUUAACUAUCCUGCUUCUGUUUUUAUAUUUGUGCUUGAUUAUGUCAACAGUUUUACUCAAGAAAGGUAACUGAGAAGCUCAGUAAGAAGCUGCAGGGACAGGGACACCCAUCCUUAGCUUUCCCAACCUGCAGGGAGUUCAGAUGGAAAACACCUCUUUCAUUGCAUUUUUUUCAUUCCCAGAGCUUCAGUUCCAAAAGUAGGCUGGUUUAGCUUUUACCUGAUUUGGAAGCCUUGGGGUAUUUUCUACUAUCCUGAAUGAUAUUUUUAUAAAAAGGAGGAGCUUAGUUUAGCUGAGAAAUUUGCUCCUAAUAUAUGAUAAUUUGAAACUUCAGCAUGUCAGGCAAAUUAUUUGUGCAAGGUUUAUGAAUACCCUGUUCUUGAGGGAGGGUGAGAGUUUGUCCAGAAGGACGCAUCCUCUACUAGAGAAACACCAAAAGCUCUGAAGGCUUACUUUAAAAUCUUAUUGGCUUGUUACUUAGGAAAUAAAAUCCUCUUCGUAAUGUCGUUAGUAACACAUAAUGUAUGUGGGAGGGAUUCUUAGCGUAUGUGCUGUGUAUUCCUGGGAUCUUUCUUUGUCUAAUUUCCUGCGUUGGGUCUACAAGGGCUGGACUGAGCCAUAAGUGGAAACCAGGUUAAAUGGUUGUUCUGGAGCUUUUGCACAUGUAUGCAGGUUUGUUGUGGGGGUGGCUGGUUUGUUUUCUUUUAACUACUCUGUAUCUUGACUGGGUAAACAGUGAACAUAGACACUUCUUAAAAUGUUAGGAUUUAUUUGACUGCUGAAAUCUGGUGUAGCCAACUCUUCAGAGCUCCUCAAAUCUCAUUUAUGCUUUCCUCUAAUUUAAAAAUUAUGAGUCUCGUGCUACCAUUAAGAGCUGCUCUUUGUAUUAGGUACAAUGGUUCUAAUUUCUAGUUUGUGUUGUGACCUGCUUAAGGAGAUUAAAUGACGCAGGAUAAUUGAUUUUUCAUGUGAGACUCGGACUGACAGCAUUAAAUCAAUUCUGUCCUCUUACAUUUUGUUGCCAUUGAAAUUUCUUUAAAGCAGCUGAUGUUUCUUCUCUCCCUGAGUAAUAAACUAGGUAAUGCCCUUUUCUUUAGCACAUCUGGCUUGCUGCCACUCUGGAAGUAAAUAGAACAGCUUAGCUCUGGUCUCUCUAAUCUGCUGGCCUAUGCUUUUAGAGAACAGGUUUUCAUUCCAUAAAUGCAAAGCAAAAGGUUAUUAGUGACUCUGUGUCCAACUCUGGGUAUAGAAUCCAUAUAGUUAUAUCUAACAGACUUGCAGUAGCUUAAAGAAAAUCCUGAUCUUCUGGAUUACUCUUAGCAGCUCUGAUGAAAAUACUUUUUUAUGCUCCUUCCUUUUAACAGAAGGAUGCAAAUGCAAAUUGUUACCAUAUUCCAGCCCUUAGAAGAUCACAUGCCAUCUUGUCUUCAUUGCUAUUGUCACUAGUAAUAGUUGGGUUAAAACCUGGGAAACAGAAACAGCCAGUGUUAAUUAAUUUGGUAGCAAGACCUGCUAUAGCAGGACUUUACAGCCUCAAGCUGCCAUUCACACAGUAGUGGGGCAGUGCAAAGGCAGCCCUAACCUCUGCACUUUGCCUUUCCAGUAGGAAGCUGUGGGAGGGCAGCACAGAGUCAAUAAUGUCUCUGGAUAACUAACUGAAGUGCUGUCAGCCAGGUCCUGCUGCUGCUGUAGGAUAAAGCUAAGCACAAGACUGGGGAAAAUACCAGAGCCCUGGCAACGGAGGAAAAUAGAAAACAGAAAGCAGGCUUGUUGUACCAUCCCCUUUUUCUUGGCUGAUAACCACAGCCCCUAUAAGGAAGUUUAAGAACUUUUGGGUAAUUGAUUGCUGACAUUUCUUUAUUAAAAUAAGAACAUCAUAGCAUGCAACCAGUGUGAAAUAGUGCACAGUUCAAAUUCUGCUAUGUUCUUCACCACCUGUUCUCUACUGUUUUCCAGUCAUACAUUGUAGAUGAGACCUGUGGGCUCUUUUACAAGAGAGAAAUACUGACUUGGGAGUAUUUGUCCAAGAUGUAAGCCUCCUGAAAAACAGAAUAAUAAAAAAGGCUGCAGAAACACAUGCCUAGACGGGACGUGCCACUGUUCACAGUCCCAGUAUAUGAUGUGCAUGAGAUGGUGAAAAGUGGUUGCUGACACACGUUUAACUUGUAAGUAUACUCAGCAGACCUGUUGCUGUGGUAACUAUUCAGAAGACUAACCUCCUCCGAAUGAGUGCUGUUUGCAUUGCACCAGAUGGCUGAUGCAUCACGUAGUGGCAUUUUCUGUCCCUUUCAUUACUGUUCAAUCUCUUCUGUAAGUGCUGUGAUUUAAUUUGCAGCAAUUUACGCACAAAUUAUUCAGAUAUGUGACACGCUAAUACACGAUAUAAAGCUGCUUGGGUGGAUGCAACCAAAAAUCUAUGCUUGAAUUUUGAUACUAUUUCAAUAGGGGUAACUAUAGGGCACGUGGUUACCAUAGCAUAUUUGUUGUAGAGGGAAGUGAGACCACUUUUUCAAUUUAUUGCUCUGCUACAAGCAUUUCAGCACAGGCAGCAUAUUCACAAUGAGAAUAUAUAUGAAGACUAAGGAUAAUUUCAUUAAAAAUUCUGUAUUUGUAUUUUCUGAUUUUGUUACAGUUUUUUGUUUGGUUUUUGUUUUUAUAAUUGGCUUAUUUUCUCAGAAUGACAGAUUUACUUCUUCCACCUACCUCGACUAUUUUUGUGAGCUAUUGCUAAGAGUUUUAACCUAAUUGUUAUAGAUGCUGUUAUAACUCACCUAUAAAGUCUGUAGGCCUAGAAUUUUUCUAAGUCAAUAAUAAUAAAUGUCUCAUGAUAACUUUA